GUUUGAAGAACCAAAUCUCUUCCUCUUCUUCUCUUUCUCCUCUUCUUCAAUGGAUGAUCAUGUUGAGCACAAUUAUAACACAUCUUUAGAAGAAGUACACUUCAAGAGCUUAAGUGAUUGCUUACAAAGCUCAUUAGUAAUGGAUUAUAACUCACUAGAGAAGGUCUUCAAAUUCUCACCUUAUAGUUCCCCUUUUCAAUCGGUUUCACCGUCAGUAAACAACCCUUACUUAAAUCUCACUUCGAAUUCUCCGGUGGUCUCAUCUUCCUCCAAUGAAGGCGAGCCUAAAGAGAACACCAACGAUAAGAGUGACCAAAUGGAGGAUAACGAAGGCGACCUACAUGGUGUUGGUGAAAGCUCCAAGCAACUGACAAAACAAGGUAAAAAGAAAGGAGAGAAGAAAGAGAGAGAAGUUAGGGUUGCAUUUAUGACCAAAAGCGAGAUUGAUCAUCUUGAAGAUGGUUAUAGAUGGCGAAAAUAUGGACAAAAAGCAGUGAAGAACAGCCCUUAUCCAAGGAGUUACUAUAGGUGCACAACACAGAAGUGUAACGUGAAGAAACGUGUAGAGAGAUCGUUUCAAGAUCCGUCGAUCGUAAUUACAACCUACGAAGGAAAACACAACCAUCCGAUCCCAUCGACGUUGAGAGGAACCGUGGCAGCUGAACAUCUACUAGUCCACCGUGGUGGUGGAGGCAGUUUACUCCAUAGCUUCCCUCGUCACCAUCAAGAUUUUCUCAUGAUGAAACAUUCUCCGGCCAAUUAUCAAUCGGUGGGAUCUCUGUCGUACGAACAUGGCCAUGGGACCUCUAGUUACAAUUUUAAUAAUAAUCAACCAGUUGUUGACUAUGGUCUUCUUCAGGACAUUGUUCCUUCAAUGUUCUCCAAGAACGAGUCUUGAGAGAGGGGUAUGUACGUACUAUAGAUCGUAUCGUUAUGGUUGCAUUAUAUAAGCAUAAAUCAUUUGUACUAUAUGUAUGUAAGUAGAUUCUUAGGUAAUGUAUUUAUUCAUAUCUAUACAUGCAUGUUAAUUUAUAUAUAUUUCACUGACACACUGGCACUGCUACUAAUCAUUUGUAAUCUUGAUUAUUAAAAGAGUUAAUUAGAGUAUUUUACAUUUUGU